AUGGUUCAAAUAUACGAUAAAUAUGUGAAAUAUUUGCGAGAAUUGAGUGAAAAUUUGAAUAAAGAGUUUGUUUCAAUCGGUUAUCAAACAAGUGAUGAAUCUGUGGAUCAGUUGAUGACCAAUAGUGAAGACAAUGGGAACGAUGGACACGAAUCUAAUGAUGAAAAUAGUGUUCAAAUCACAGCAGUGUUUCAUUCAAGAAGUAAGACACGAGACAAACAGAUUGUCACCGAAUCCAAGAGAUGUGAAGAAAAGCCUAGUUUUCGACCACUUGUUUGCAACACUAAUAAUUCACAUACCGGUGCCACCACUGCUUCAUCAUCUCAACCAUUGGACGAGAGUCAGCAAUACCGGUGCGAUAGACAUGAAUGUGAUUACACGACACGCGAUAAACAACAGCUAAUUGAACACCAAUUGACUCAUCCUCGGAACUGUCGUUUCAAAUGUUUAAUCUGUGAAUGCAGUCAAUCAUUUCAAUCGCAACUUAACUUAACUCAACAUCAACUGACACAACAUCCCGACGCCUAUCCGGACAUACCGUGGAUAGAGUGCACGCAUAAGGGUUGUCAGUAUAGGACUAAAUUCAAGUCAUAUAUCCGUAAGCAUAAGAAGAAACAUAUCGGCGCUAAUAAGGCAUAUGUUAGACAACCAAAUGAUAAGAUAAUAGUUGCCAUAAAUUCUUCAAAAGGCAAAACGAGUGGUUCCAGUAAUAGUGAGAAACGUGUCAAUUCGCAUACCAGUGCCACCACUUUAUUGACUCAACGAAUGAAGAAAUUGGGGACUAAUGUACAGCAAUACCGGUGCGAUAGACAGGGAUGUGAUUUCACGACAGAGUUUAGGGUUAGACUAAUUAGACACCAAUUGAGUCAUUCAACGGGCGGUCGACUCGUGUGUUGCAGUCAAUCGUUUCAAUCGGAAAGAUCUUACGCUCAGCACCAAAUGAACACACAUCCCGAUGCCUUUCCGGACAUACCAUGGAUUGAGUGCUCGCAUACGGGCUGUCAGUUUAGGACUAAAAGCAAUGUUUAUAUCAAUAAACAUUUGAAGAGACAUAAAGUGUUCUCCGAGAACGUGACCUAUAGUUGUGAUUACGAGGGUUGCGAUUAUAAGACAUUAUACAGACGUUGUUUGACUGGACACCAAAAGACUCAUCUGGUUAUGAAAGCGACUGUAAACGUCCCGUGCGAGUGGCCUAACUGUCCAAAGGUGUUCAGAAGUGCACAGUAUAUGAGAGUGCAUAUGAAUACACACACGACUUAUGUUGUCUACCGGUGCCAUUAUCCCGGGUGCGGCAAACCGUUUUGGUCUAAUAAGUCGAUGCGAAUUCAUUUUAAAACACACCAUAUGGGGAACUACAGGCACCAGACUACCGGAACUCAUGAUAGGAUUACAGAUAACACAAGUGCUGGAAGUAGUGCUCAAGAAGUGGAGAAUCGCCAAGAAUUCAAGUGUUUGGUGAAUGAAUGCAACAAAUUUUUCAAAACAUAUAGCGAUUUGAAUGAAGACAACAACAGAUUACAUGCCAUUCCUCGGCAACAGACGGGUGACAGGAAUGGGCGGAGAGGACAGGAAGUUGAGAAGAUUGGUCUCCAGACCGACAUAAGGCCGGACAUUAAACAUCAAACAGAUAUUGACUUAAGCCAUGGACUUAAUAACAGAUUUGAAGUGGGGAAGAUAUACCGAAAAGAGGCUUUAUCGUCAGAAUCAGAUACCAUAUUAUCGUCGCACUCAACGCUCUCGAUGUCUGAAACCACUUCUUCGCUAUCACUCAUCUGUUUUAGGGUCGACUCACGUGUGGAUGACUUCUUGCAAAACCCGUACAUCGCCUCACCCGUAAACACGCCUUUCCCUGAAUGCCCCUUUUCGUGUCUUUCAAGCAUUUGUUUGUUACCACAAACGAACGAACAGCCCUCCCAUUUGCACCGGUAG